AGUAUUUUUAUAAAGAAGGGGCGGAAAUUCUUGGCUGUUUUUUAUGGCUGUUCCAGUAUUAAUGUAGCACACACUGGCCAGCUGAGUAUAUUUAUCUUGCCUUUUACAAAGCAGCAGCCAGACUGAGGUAUGCGUGUGAAAACGACUUUAAAGCAUCAAUAAUAUUAUUUUCUUUCAAACAUAAAUAAAUAAACACCAAAAGCCAGGUCCUCUUUGGAAUGUAGUAAUUCUGAAUUUUUAUGAAUGACUGCAUUCAUCGUUGGCCACGCCUCAGCUAUUCGUUUUGGAGAUCCAAGCCCCGCCUUUGUUUUCUGCUUUGGAAUACGCUUGUCUGAUGCUAGGCUCUUAAUUGGCUAGACGGACUGUGUUAGGCGGAGCUGCAUUAAGAAGCACUGAAGCAAUAUAUAAUCGAGUUGCAAACAUGAAACGAUUUAAAUGUGCAGGUGUUGAUGGACUACAAAGAACGCUACAUUACUUUGGAAUAAAUGCGUCUUCUUGGACAGUUACCUUUGUUUUCAGUAUUCGUGGACUAAAACAAUUAUCUUCUCGUGACAGAAGUUAGGCUGUACCUAACAAUUUAUAUUUUACUUUUGUCAUUCAAUUGUCAUUUGACAAUAUGAGGAUGUUAAUGUUCUUUGUUGUGUUUCAAAUCACGACUAUUUGCUUGGUGAGUGCUGGCUGCCCCGUGGUGUGCAAGUGCCAGGGUAGCCCCUUGUCCUGCCCCCCAGGGGUCAGUUCUGUGCCCGACGGCUGUGGCUGCUGUAAGAUGUGUGCUGCCCAGCUCAACCAGGACUGCAGCGACUCGCGCCCCUGCGACCACCACAAAGGGCUGGAGUGUAACUACGGCAACGACGUGGGCCACACUCGUGGCAUCUGCAGAGCUAAGCUGGAGGGCCGCUCCUGUGAGUACAACAACCGGAUCUACCAGAACGGGGAGAACUUCCGGGCCGGCUGCAAGCACCAGUGUACGUGCAUCGACGGGGCGGUAGGCUGCGUGCCGCUGUGUGCCAGCUACGUGCCCCCGGCUUCGCCCUCCUGCCCUGCCCCGCGUCUGGUCAAGGUGCCCGGGCAGUGCUGCCUCGGCAUCGACUGCCACAAGGGCUCAAGUGUUACAGCCCCGGUGCAGCGUGGCCCGCCUCCUCCAGCCUUCCCGCCUUUCCCGUUCAUGCCCUACCCUGCCUACCCCUACAAGCCACACCCCAAGACACACCCCAAGCCACACCCCUACAAACCCCAGGACACCGUGGGAAAUGAGCUAGUGGAAGUGAGGAAGAAGUGGGACAAGCCGCGCGGGCACAAGCACAUGGCGGCGCUGAGGCAGCUCGGGGGGCAGUGUGUGGUCCAGACCACCGGUUGGUCCCAGUGCUCACGGAGCUGUGGCAUGGCUGUGUCCUCUCGCGUCACCAACGACAACGCCCAGUGUAAGCUGGUGAAGGAGACGCGUCUGUGCAACGUCCGGCCCUGCAGCUCCAUGUCCAUCCCUGUCAAGAAAGGGAGGAAGUGCUCCCGUACCCACAAGGCCCCAGAGCCGCUGCGUCUUUCUUACGCCGGCUGCCGCAGCACGCGGCUCCACAGGCCAAACUACUGUGGCGUGUGUACGGAUGGCCGUUGCUGCUCGCCCCGCCGCACACGCACCGCCUCCGUGACCUUUGCCUGUCCAGACGGCGAGCGCUUCGACCGCUCGGUCAUGUUCGUGCAGUCCUGCAAGUGCAGUGACGACUGCGGUCACCUGAACGAGGCUUCCCUCCCACCCCAGCGGUGGCUCUACGGAGACACACACAAGUUCAGCGACUAGCACCCCCUCAAAUCCAUUCCUCACCACUACAUAGCCCCCUAGCCCAGCCCUGAUAGAGUAGCGGUCCCAAUCUCUGAGUAGACACUCUCCAGAUGCAUAGAUCCCCAACACUCUCAUGGAUGUUUUGGGAGACCCACCCUCAGCAGGAUACACAGGAAGUGGAUUUUCACAGAACUUUCAAGGUGUCACGUCUUAACCCCCCCCCCCCCCCCCCCCCC